AUAAUGUAUAGUUUGAUGCCCGUAGUUGAAAUAAAGAGUCACGAGUGUGUACAUUUCCCUACUCCAAUUUAAUUAUCAAUUUAUUAUUUCAAUUAUUCUGUUGGUUAAAAAUAAUUAAUUAUUAUUUAACAAUAAGUCGUGUGUGAAAGUACUAAAUAAAUUUAAAUCCAUAUGACGUUUAAAUAAAAUUCAAAUUUUUUUAAAUUUAUUUAAUAAUUUAUAGUAAUAAAUAUAGUGGAUAAGUUUUAUCGAACAACUCGAAGACAGUGGCCGUGAAGUUACGAACAAAAGCACAAUAAUAGGGAGUGAAGUAUAAAAACUUGAAACAAGUAACAAAAAUGAAGAAUCAAGUUGUUCAUGUCUUGCUUAGUACUCUAUAUUUAGCAAGCAUCCUCUAUACGGUCCAGGCUGUUAAUUACAGCGGAACGACCGAAGUACAAGAGGGACAACCAUGGAGUAUUAUAUGUACGGGUUUAAAAGCUGGAGAAAAAAUAAUUUGGACAAGAAAUGGGCAACAGUUUGAAGAAUUAUCGUCUGGUGAUAUCAGAGUAUUUAAGCCAGAUAAAGGAGUCAGUGAAUUAAAGGCUGAGCAUGCUACUGAAUUACACGAAGGAAGCUACAAAUGUACUCCCAGUAGUAAUGAAUCCCUCCACCUUACAGUUAAAACAGUUACUAAAAUAAAAGUUGUUACAAACACUGAUGUACCAAUGAGUCUGGAAUGUGAUAAUCACACGGCUGGGGAAAAAGUUGAUUGGUAUUUAGAAGGAGAAAGUGUUGCUGAAAAAUUCGCCGAUAAAGACGAACUUCUAAAAAUUGACAGCAAUGGAGUACUUACAAUAUAUAAAAAUUUAUUAGAUGUAUAUGGAAAUUAUACGUGUAAUACCACUGCCAAUGCGAACUCAACAAAAUUCUUUCGAAUCGUUCCAAAACCAACGGCGAUUUUACGUGAAGCAGAAAAUGUAGUCGAGGGUGAAAAGCUCCAUAUGGUCUGCAAAGGACACCAUUAUCCAGGAUUAAAAGUUAUGUGGGAAUUUGCUGGUAAAACUUACAACAACAGUGAUGGCCGGGUUAAAUUAUUGCCAGAUGAAGAACGGGGAAUAAAUCGCGCAAUACUUAGUGUUGAUAAUAUUCAGAUGAGCGAUCGCGGUAACGUGUCUUGUACAGUUGCGUAUGAUUGGAACGACACUCCAAACCACAUGAACAGCACAACAGCUACACUUAGAAUUAAAGAUAAAUUAGCAGCUCUAUGGCCAUUCCUCGGAAUUUGUGCUGAAGUCGUCGUACUCUGUGCCAUUAUUCUAAUUUAUGAAAAAAAACGUAAUAAAUCUGAAUUAGAAGAGUCUGAUACUGACCAAAGUCCCGAUACCAAGCCGACGCCCAACAAGGACUCUGAUGUGAGACAGAGAAAGUAAGCAGCGGAAAUCUAAGUAAUGUUAAAAAAAAAAAAAUUGAAAUUAUUAGAAGGCAGUGUUAAGGCUCCAGUAUAAUAUUUAAAGAUGAGAACAAAUGUGAGGAUGUUGCUAGUGCUGAUAAAUAAAAAAUCUAGGACGAGAAAAAAUAAUAAGUAAAUAAAAGGAUACCGCCGUUGCUCCCUGCUGCUGUUAUCUUAAUUUUAAAUAAUAAAAUUUGAGUCAACAAUUAAAUACUAUAACGUUAGUUAAUUAAUUGCACACGAGUGUGCCUUGUUCGAGGAUCCAUUUCUCGUAAGCGCAGUAAUUUUCUUCCAUUGUGAAGAACUACAUUUAAAAUAAUUAAAAAGUAUAAAGUAUUUCAUAUUAUUCAUGCAUUUUUAAUACAAUUGCAAUGGAAAAAAAAAACAUUAUUAAAUUAAGUGCACCAUUAUUUUAAUUAAUACGUCUAAAUAAUCACUCUGUGCACUAUUAUUAUUAUUAAUAUUAAUAUUAAUAUUAUUGUUAUUUAUAUUUACAAGUUUAAUAUCUAAGAGAUUUUUUUUAGUCAUUUUUUUAGGGGAAAGGGUCUGAGGUACGAAAAAAAGAGGAGAUUUUUGUGAUUUUUUUUUCAGAGUCUUCGUUAUUAAAAUUCUCAAAAUUUGUGACAUUAUUAAGCAGCAUCUCAAGAAUAUUCUGUGAAAUUUUCAUAAAAAAAUAUUGAAAAAUAAGCCAGUGGUAGAGGGGAGAGACGAGUCACUAAAAAAAAAUCUCUAUGCCGUAGGCAGGAUAACUCAUGCCUCAUCUGCAAUCAAAAAACCAAAAAGAUUUCUUCAGUACAUGAGUUUAUCUUGGAUUUGAACGAAGGAAUAAACAAAAUAUUCAUUUUUGAAUUUUUGGUAAAGGCGCGAUCAAAAAAAUCUGAUUUUUCCCAAAAAUUCUUUCUUUUGUUUAAUUAAAAAAUAAAUAGUUAUUGAACAAGAAAAAAUUCUUUGUUAAGAUCUAAGAUAAACUUGUGUACUAAAGAAAUCUUUUUGGUUUUUUUAUUUCAGGUGAGGCUCAUGAGUAAGGACAAGAUUUUUGCCUUAACUUCGAAAUGAAUGGUUUAAAUGUUUAAUAUUACGGCGAAAAUAUUGGUCCUAUAAAAAAACUUUUCAAACAAAAGUUGUAGGAAAUUUAUUUUUAUAAAAAAAAUGUCUCAUAUGAUUUUUUUAUACGACCAAUAUUUUCACCGUAAUUCCAAAAUUGAGAUUCAUAAUGGAUGAUUCAAAUUUUUGUUAAUUAUGAAAAUCUUAAUUUUGAAAUUACGGUGAAAAUAUUGGUCGUAUAAAAAAAUCGUAAGAAAAAUUUUCUUUAGAAAAUAAAAUUUCCUACAACUUUUGUUUGAAAAAUUUUUUAAUAAGACCAAUAUUUUCCCCGUAAUCUAAAAAAUUUCACACCACUAAUUAUUAAUUAUUUUUAAAGUAACGCAAAAAUCCUGGCCCUAGUCAUGGAGACUUUUUUUAGUGACUCGUCUCUCCCCUCUACCACUGGCUUAUUUUUCAAUAUUUUUUCAUGAAAAUUUCACAGAACAUUCUUGGACUGAUGCUUAAUAAUGUCAGAAAUUUUAAAAAUUUUAAUAACGAAACUACUCUGAAAAAAAAAAUCACAAAAAUUUGUUCUUUUUCUUGUACCUCAGAUCCCUUUCUCCCUUAACAGAAAUAAAAAAAAUUAGUCGUAAUUAUUUUUUUUGUCAAUUGUAGACGUGAACUUUGACAUUAAUAAAAUAAUUGUCAAUUAUAAUUAAUUAAUUAAUUAACUUCAUUCAGUACUUUCACUAAAAAAAACUACUAACUGAAAAUAAAUCAUGAGCAUUACGAACCAAUUACUGAAUAACUUUUUUUUUAGUUGGUAAUUUAAAAAAAAAUUUACGUACUGUAGUAAAAUGUUUUUAUUGAUGAUAAUAAUAAUAAUGUUGAUAUUAAUUUGUUGAUAAUAAUACAGUUUCUAAAAAAGUUAUACGCGACUUAGUAUUAAUUAUGUGCUUAUUGAUGUUUUAUUUUUGUCUUCCUACAUGUAAAAAGAAAAAUAAUUAAUUGUUGAGCAAAAGAUUAAGAAAAAAAUGAUAAAUGCGAUAAAAAAUAAUAAUAAUUAAAAGUAUUUUAUUGCACGUUGAUAAAUGCCAUAGAUAAAUUUUUGUGCAUUUACAAAUAUCUUAUUUUAUUUUUUAGAAUAUAAUAAUAAUAAUAAUAAUAAACAAUAUUUAUCUUAUUAAAUCUUAAGGAUAAUAACGUUUUAAUUAAAAAUAUUUUAAAAUAAAGGAAUUCGUAUUAAUGACCAAUUAAUGGAUUUAAUGAGUAUCAUCAAUUUUCAUUUAUUUUUAGUAUUACUAUUGAUUGUUCUUUUUUUUUUAACUAUUAAUUAGUCUCUUUGGCGAAGAGUAUUUUUAUUAUUUUGGUUUUUUUUUAUUUUUUUCAUUCGCUUUUUCAAAAAAUUUUAACAACAAAUUUAUUUGUUUUUUUUUAUUUUCAAUAGAUAAUACUUAUUUAUAAUUUAUAAUAUAUAAAUGCGUGAUCAAAAUAUAUAUAUAUAUAUAUUUACAGUAAAAAAGGAUUCGUUAAAGUCGGCAGAUAUCGUGUGUAAAACGUUGGUUUUACACUUAUUCAUGUGUUAUUUUAAGAUGUGUAGUGUAGAAAAAGCUACAGGAGUAUGUGUUAAGAGUAAAGAAUUUUUCCGAAAAUUCUGGGAAAAUUGUAAUGGUUGAGAGUAUUUUUAACACAUUUUGUGGGAUGGUUUGAGAGUAACAUUUGAAAAGUGUUAAUUUUGAAUAAAAUGACAUUUUUGUGUGUUAAAAAAUCGAUUGAUUGAAGCUGGUUAAGCUAGAUGAUAACGGUGUGUUGAAUUAACGCUCGGGUGACAAAAAUUCAAGUGUUAAUUUAACUUGUAAGUGUUAAAAAUUCAAAUGUGUAAUUAAUACUCGAAAGUGUUAAUAAUUCAUGUUUUGAAUUAACACUUGAAAGUGUAAAAAAUUCAAGUGUUAAAGUAUCACUGGAAAUUAUUAAAUUAACACUCUCAAGUGUUAAAAUAAUAUUUGAAAGUUUUUAAAAUUCAAGUGUUAAUUUAACACUCGAUAAUGUUACAAAUUCACUUGUUAAAUUAAUACUUGAAAGUGUUAAAAAUUUAAGUGUUGAAUUAAUACUUGAAAGUGUUAAUAGUUCAAGUGUUCAAUUAACACUUGAAAGUGUUAAAAAUUCAAGUGUUAAAGUAUCAUUUGAAAUUGUUAAAUUAACACUCUCAAGUGUUAAAAUAAUAUUUGAAAGUUUUUAAAAUUCAAGUGUUAAUUUAACACUCGAUAAUGUUACAAAUUCACUUGUUAAAUUAAUACUUGAAAGUGUUAAAAAUUUAAGUGUUGAAUUAAUACUUGAAAGUAUUAAACAUUCAAGUGUUAAAGUUUCACUUGAAAGUGUAAAAUUAACACUUGAAAUUUUUAAAUUAACACUCUUAAGUGUUAAAAUAGUACUUGAAAGUGUUGAAAAUUUAAGUGUUAAUGUAAUACUUUCAAGUGUUAAAUUAACACUCGAAAGUGUUAGAAAUUCACUUGUUAAAUUAAUACUUGAAAGUGUUAAAAAUUCAAAUGUUGAAUUUUUAACAUUCGCUUUUUUUUACACUUUGACGAAUCCUUUUUUACUAUAUAUAUUUAUAUAUAUAUUUAUAUAUAUAUAUAUAUAUAUAUAUAUAUAUAUAUAUCAUUAUUAUUAUUUACACUAUCGUUUAUAAUUAAUAUCGAUAUUUCUACUUCAAAUAUCUUAAUAAUAUCAUUUUUCGAUAUAUUUCUUCUUAAAUAUCAUCUUGAUAAAUAUAUUAUCCUUCCCAAUAGAAAACUUCUUAACUCCACAUGAGAAAAUUACGUUUUUGAAUUUCAUAUCAGGUUUACACUUUUUAAAAUUCUUAAGUAACAAAUGGUGUCACCCGAAAACUGCUCAACUUCAAUAAAAAAUCCAAGUGGGAACCGAUAAUUUCAAAAAUUAUGUAAAAAAAUAAUUUUUCCAUGCUCAUUACAAUAAGGCAUAAGACCCAGUACCGGACCAGACAACUAGUACUCGAUCACUUCAUGUAUUUGUAUAUCUAUAUUUAAUAAAAGUUUACUAAAUAUAAAUAUACAAAUACAUGAGUGAUUGAGUUCUAAUUUCACGAACAAAAACUUUAAGUAACUGAAAAAGUUUAUAAUUUAAAUAAUUUUUUUUACAAAUUCAAUUUAAUCAGAGCUCGAAAUAAAAAAAAAAAAACUUGUUUUUAACGACAAAUAUUUAAAGUUCCAAACUCAACUCCAAUUUUUACAAGCUGUCAAGUCAAAUGUAGAAACUAAACAACUUGAACUAAUAAUCGACUCAUUACUUCACGACCAGUCAACAAAUUAAAUGAUCCUGAAGUUAACAGACGAUUAACAAUUUUUCAAAUUUUUUUUUUUUUUUUUAAAUGACAAAAAAAAACUAAAAAUAU